GCCGUUUAAGUACAAUUCCAUUCCCCAUCCCUCCACACGGUUACCCGCCACGAAGAGUCUGCCGAAUUCUUUCUUUCUUCCUUCCUCCCUUCCUUUCCCCUCUGCUCUAGCAGCCGCCGUCUUUGACGCGAUUACCGGACGACACCAAUCUAUUCAGCCGUCGAUUCCAAUUCCCACGUCGAUUCGUAAGUUAAUUUAUUCGACGUUGGCCGUUGGUUUCGCGGGGGUUUUCCUUUCUUUUCGCCCAGGAAUCUGUAUGAGCCCGCUUCGCCUGCGGAUUUCCUCGAUCUUCUCCGUAUCAAGAGUAAUGGCGGAAGAACUGGGAUCCUCUGCUUCCGCCACCGCCGCCCCUGCUAGCCAGAGUUCAAAUCCGGGGGCAUCGUCAUGGGCGAAGACGAGGUCCUUGUGGCCUUCCGUUCUCCGGUGGAUUCCAACUUCGACCGACCACAUCAUUGCCGCCGAGAAGCGCCUUCUUUCCAUCGUCAAGACUCCAUAUGUUCAAGAGAAAGUGAAUAUAGGUUCAGGGCCGCCAGGUUCCAAAGUCAGGUGGUUUCGUUCUUCAAGUAACGAGGAGAGGUUCAUCAACACGGUUACAUUCGACAGUAAAGAGGGUGCUCCUACACUUGUCAUGGUCCAUGGAUAUGGUGCUUCACAAGGGUUCUUCUUCCGGAAUUUCGAUGCUCUUGCUGCAAAGUUCAAGGUCAUUGCAAUUGACCAGCUAGGUUGGGGUGGAUCCAGUCGACCUGACUUUACUUGCAAGAGCACUGAAGAGACAGAGGCAUGGUUUAUCGACUCUUUUGAGGAAUGGCGAAAAGCUAAGAACUUGGAUAACUUCAUCUUGCUUGGCCAUUCUUUCGGGGGUUACGUAGCUGCUAAAUAUGCUCUUAAGCAUCCUGAGCAUGUUCAACACUUGAUUUUGGUGGGAUCUGCUGGAUUUUCAUCCGAAGCUGAUUCCAAGUCCGAAUGGCUUACCAAAUUCAGAGCGACUUGGAAAGGUGCAAUCAUGAAUCAUUUAUGGGAGUCGAAUUUCACUCCUCAAAAAUUAGUUAGAGGUUUAGGUCCUUGGGGUCCGGAUAUGGUUCGAAGAUACACGUCUGCUAGAUUUGGUGCAUAUGCAAAUGGAGAGAUGUUGAAUGAAACCGAGUCCAAGUUGCUAACAGAUUAUGUUUACCAUACUUUGGCGGCCAAGGCAAGUGGAGAGCUAUGCCUAAAGUAUAUAUUUUCCUUCGGAGCAUUCGCUCGAAUGCCCCUAUUGCAAAGGGCGUCAGAGUGGAAAGUACCGACGACAUUCAUAUAUGGAGUUCAGGAUUGGAUGAACUAUAAGGGCGCCCAAGAAGCUCGCAAGGAGAUGAAAGUCCCUUGUGAAAUAAUCAGGGUUCCUCAGGGAGGGCACUUUGUGUUCAUAGACAACCCAGUCGGUUUCCAUUCAGCCGUGCUCUACGCCUGCAGAAAGUUCAUCUCUAGUAAACCGGAUAGUGAAUCCCUUCCUGAAGAUCUUACCCUGGUAUAGUAGAGGACUGGUCUUCUGUAUCUUUCUCAAUUUAUAUUUCUCAAGUUGUGCAUAAACCUCAAGUUGAAGUUGCAACAUUUUGUAUCCAUGUAGUGUAUUAUGCUGUACCAUAUGACUAUGAGUGUAUGCUUCAGAUUCUGAGACUAAUAAAAAUCAUUUACAACAAAGCCAAUUGGAUAAAAGAGUGACUUCCAAUUUCCUGAGGUCCCCAGGUGAAAAGAGAGUGAGGUGUAAAAUUACGGCAGUUGGGAAGUGAAAAGAUUUUGACAGUGAUGCAUGGGAGCGGUGAAAGAAAGAGUGUCACUUUUU